UGAUAGGUUGUCAGUUAAUGUGACAGAUUCUUGUGGCAUGCAUUCUAGGGGCCAAUCAGGCUUCUUCAUCCGAACCAUGCUCUCCACAGCAACUCAACCCACACCACAACACUCAAACUCCACGUCCCUCACCACAGUAAUACAAUUAGAAAAACGAUAUGGCAUCGUCAGCGAUUCGAUUUGUGGCAGGCACCAAAAAGUCACCCUUAGGUACUCUGUAUCUACAAUGUCAUGUGAAACCUGGCGCUUCCCGAGUUCGCGAAGGGGUCACAGCCGUCACAGACGCGACCGUAGAACUAUGCGUUUCAGCACAGGCAAAGGAAGGCGAAGCUAAUAAAGCUGUCGUGAAAUUGCUCAGUGGGGUUUUGGGCGUUCUCAAAUCAGACCUCGCAAUCAUACAAGGACUCAAGUCCAGAGACAAGACUGUCGCGUUGGGCAACGUUCAGGAUGGAGAAUCAAGUGUGGCCAAGAUCAGGGAGCAGCUUGAGAAAGCCUCGGAAGAUGGUUGAUCAAGGUGCAUAAAACGGCUUGGUGCCCAUUUAACCUAACGUGUGGCAGGUGCAGGUGGGUCAC